UGAGUCUGGCUGGCAUGGGGGCCGGCACUGCACAGCUGGAGCUCCUGAUCCCUCUUGAGGCGAGAGGACAGAAUCCGACUUUGGGGGCUGCCUGAGGUUGUGAAGAGAAGCCUCACCCAGCCUGCAAUGGGGAUCAGUUCAAGCCAGCAGCCAGGCGUGGAGAAUAGUGACGGGGACACUUCCCAGGCCCUCUUCUUCCACCCCUUCACCCAUGGCUCCCAGGUCCUCCUGGAUGAGUUCCACCGUGUGGCUGAGCGGGCCAGCAGCUUCCAUGAUGGCAUCGUCUUCACCAACCGGCCCAUCCAGCUCCAUGAGAAGGUGACACUGAAGAUCUUGAAGAAGGAGCCCCAUUGGCAUGGGGGGCUGAGGGUGGGCUUCACCUCCAUGGACCCCUCCAAGAUGGACCCUGGUCACCUCCCUCCAUUUGCAUGCCCCCACCUGGUCAUGCAGGGGAAAACCUGGGCUGCAGUCCUGCCGGACCAGUGCAUAGAGGAAGGCACCAUCCUCACGUUCUGGGUGGACCACAGAGGCAGAGUUUUCUUCCGCAGCCAGCAAGAGGCCCGGAAAUUGCCCCUGCUGAAGGGCAUCCCCGUGAAUGGCCGUCUCUGGGCCAUCAUUGAUGUCUAUGGACAGACCAAGGCGGUUCAGAUUCUGGAUCCCACAAGGCCCAGUGGAGGCAUCUGUGAUCCUGCCCCAGCCCCCAGGCCAUCGUAUCCUGCCAGGCCGCAUGCGCCGGCAUGCAGAGAUUACAGCUCUCUCUCGGGAGGUGACGCGAAGGAGUGUGUCAUUUGCUGCUCACACGAGGCCAAUGCUCUGCUGCAGCCCUGCGGCCAUGCCACUCUCUGCCACUGUUGUGCCCAGGAGGUGUUCCACAACAACCAGCCUUGCCCCUUCUGUCGGGAGAAGAUACAGGACAUCGUCCAGGUCAUCCUGGGAGCUCCAGCUCCUGGAUCAUGUCCUCCUGUUGGGAACCAACCAUGGCCAGGCGGAUGGAUGGAAGCGGGGGCGGAGGGGUUUCUGAAACCUGCCCCAGUGAAGGAUAGAGCUCUUCCCCCCAGCACAACCCUGCUGCUGGCUCCCCUUGCUGUGAGGGUCUUGGCCAUGUCUUCUCCCCCCUCACUCUCUGCACCUUGCACAGGUGAUGACUCUCCUAUACUCUCCCUGGCUGGGCUGUUCUUAACACAAGCAAUUCGCACAGAGCAGGGGAGCCGGGGGGCAGCCCCCAUGACGAGGGACUCAGCCCAGCAGAAACAAGGAAGGUGAUGUGCCAAAAUCAGGAGGCUCCAAUUUCCUGUUGUUUCUCAUGUAUUCUGGGGAAUAGCCCUUGAGAAAUCUCUAGCCUUCUGUCAAUGCCAGGAACGGGAGUUCAGAUGCAGGGAGCCCAAACCACAGCCCAGCUCCAGACCCCAGCAGCACUAUGUGGGACUCAGAUUUAGGUCUGAACUCCACUGCUCCGGCCUGUCUCUGGGGACAGGCCUUCCUGGCCCCACCAAGCCUUUCCUCUGCCCCCUGUCGCCCCUGGAGUGGGGUGGACACUGUUCCCUGGGGAGAGCAGGGACAUGUCAGCCAGAAGGGAGAAUGGAGUGGGGAGGCAGGGAAAUUUUCAUGGGAGCCAGAAUUAGUCUGCCCAGUUCAUCUCCUGCCCAUGUAAAUAGCACUACUGCCUGUAGUAACGUCAGUCCCAGCAGCAUCCACCCAUGUCUGGAGAGAGCAGCUCUGGCUAACGCUGUAUAUAUGCUGAAAUGUAUGUAAAUGUAAUGGGCUCUCAGUCCCUCCCCGCAGCGGGUAACUAGCUCCGUUGUGCAGCUUGGUGUGUCUCACGCACACGUGCACUCAGCAUCUCCCCCAGUGAACUCAACCUGCCUGCCCAGAGCGUCACAGCCAAGUGGGCGGCUUUCACUUACUCAGGAAUUUGGGGCCAGGCCAGAUGCCAUGGGAGUCAGUGGGAGCCUUUCCAUUUGUGCUGAGGGGCUUUUGAUGAAGCCCUGAAUGACAGAGAUGGGCCUCGUCGGGGCAGAUGGAUCCAGGGUCAGCCGGGGGCCUCAGGUUCCAGGAAGCUGGGAUGAACUGGGACAGCAGCUUUUCUUAACGCAAGGGAAUUCCUCCUACCUCCUGCAGUGAGGGGGAGGGAUGCCAGACCACAGGGGCCUGAGCACCCUGGGGGAGUGGAAAAUACCUGGACUUUCCUGCUGCUUUGGGGAGGGGAAUUCCAUGGAGCCAGCCCUCCCUACACUAGGCACUCAUGUGACCCACACCCAGGGAUGCAUGGGAGGGAGAUGUGGACCUUUGCUUUACAGUCACCUUGGUGACAAACUGUCACACAAAUGUCACUCGGUAGGGCCUGAUCCUGGGUCCUAUGCCAGCCCCUGCCAUUGGCCUGCUGGGUGACCUUGAGCAAGUCCCUGUCCUUCGCUGUGCCUCAGUUUCCCCAUCUGUAAAGUAAUACCACUAACCCCUUUUGUAAAGUGCUUUGAGAUCUAUGCUUGAGAAGUGCUAUCUGAGUGCUGGGUAUUGUUUACUGUUGGCUUUGGAUCAGGCACCAGCAUUUGGGAUCAAAUGUAAGACAGUACGUAAAGCCCCGGGCCAGAUUCUGUCCCCAGUUACCCAGGGUAGAUCCAGGGUGAAGACAACGCCCCAUGCACAGCAUGCCCUGACCACUAUACCUUACUAUCAUGAGCUGGGCGGGGUGUUUCGGUGACUCCUUUGAAAAUCUCACACCUUAAGCUUUAAAACCACCCGCAUGCCGAUGGGAGAAGGGUGUGCCGUUCGCGUCCAUAUGGACAUGCUGCCAAAGGCUUGUCUGUUACUGUUAAUAAACUGUAUUUCUUAUGG